AUGGCGGUGGACCAGCUGGCGGAUUCGAAGGUGCAAGCGCUGCGCACCACUGACUCUAGUUUGAGGUUGGAAGAUUUUCAGGACAGCGGGGCGACGCUUCUGUGUGACAUGUCCAUGAGCAGAACACGUCCUUUGGUACCUGCGGCCUGGCGCGCCUGCAUUUUCGAGGCUGUACACUCCCUGUCUCACCCCGGUGUGAAAGCGACGGUAAAGUUGGUGAGCGCUAAGUUCGUGUGGCCCGGCCUCAAAAACGUUAAGACUUUGGCCUCCACAUGCGUGGCCUGCAAGAGGGCCAAGGUGCAGCGUCACGUUAAAGCUCCCUUGGGUCCUUUUUCAAUUCCUGAGACGUUUUGA